UCAACUCUGCAACAAUUAAUGUACAUUUGCACUUUGAACUAUAAUGAUCGUUUCACAGGAUCUCGCAAAAUUUUCUGGUUGGACACACCGUUCCAAAAGACGUGGUAUUAGCCAACAACUCCAGUGCUGCAUGGAGGACAACUCACAUUUUGACUGGAAUAAUUCCCACCAUAAUUAUAAUUAAUAAUUAAUAAUAAUUUACAUAAAAAAUCAGAAAAAUGAUUCCUAAAAUGUUAAGUUUUGUGGUGCAAGUUAUCGCGACAAUGUUAAAAUUUGUGAUAGCGUAUACCCUGAUUUUUCCCAGUUUGACGAUAGUAGCACUUUUUAACGAAAUUUGCCGAAUAUUCGUUAGUUUGUCGUUAUUAUGGACAAAGUACAGGCUUUUCGGAUUUGGAUUAAGCAACAUGUUUUAUCUAGCCGGCCCUUUUCAUGGGGGGCUAAAUUUGUGCGUUUUGGUGUCUCAGGACGAAGUUGAUAUCGAAAAGGAACGAUCCCGAUUUCAGAGAGUGUUAAGCCAACAAACAAAGACUGGAGGGAAGACGUUCAAAAGACUCACGGAAACAUUAAGCUGCCAACAAGGUUACGGAUGCUGGAAGCACAACGGGGAAAAUUUCGACAUACGAAACCAUGUAAAAUUAUACGAUUUGUCCAAACCUGGUCAAGGAAGAGACUACUUUACACAAGAAGAACUACUGGAUUCCAUUUUUACUAGAUUAUGGCAGUAUAUGGACUGCGAUGACUCUCAACCAGAGUGGGAAUGGCUAAUAGUUCAACGCGUUUUGAUGCCGGAAGGACUACGCACAAUGCGGAUAUUCCGCUUCCACCACGCUUAUAUGGACGGAGUUACGACGGCAAUGCUGCUUUCUCGAGGACUCAUGGACCAGCCAAGCCCACCAUUUGUAUUCGACCUCACGAAACAGUUACCCCCCUGGCAAACUUUUAUGCUCUUGGUGUCCAAAGUUUAUGCUUUACUUCGUGUGCCUUACUUCCUCCUCGAAACAUUUCUACACUCUCAAAAUAACCGAAACCAUCUUCAGAAGGAUCCUUUCCUAGCGGUAAAUAGUGAGCGAAAAAUCACCAUGAAAGUCUCUUCAGUUGUGCCAGUAGAGAAUCUAAGACAACUGAAAAACAAGUAUGAUAAAACUGCAUCGGUCACAAGCAUUAUCGCCAGCGCAGCGAGAUCAGCUUUAGCACUGGUAGCCAAGCAGAAGGGGGUUUACAAUGCAACAAUGAACUUAUCAGUGCCACUUGCUGUUCCCGUUUAUCCGGAUAUUAGCCCGAGAAAUCGGAUUAGUUUCGUCAAGGUUCACCUGCCAUUGGACGCAGAGGACGAGGAUGAGCUGGUACAAAUUCCAGGAGCCAGAGAUUUAUUAUCAGCUUAUUUCCUGCUGAGAUGGAUGGAUCGAUUUCCCAGACCCGUGUUCAACCUGUUUCACAAAUUUCAAGGAGGUGCAUUCAUUUCUACCAUGUUCAACAAUUUGCCAUUCCUCAGAAAUUUGGGAAGUAUUGAUGGUUCGGUGAUUGAGGAAGUCAUGGUCUGGCCGCACCCCAAGAAACCAGUGGGACUUUUAAUUACCGGUGUGCGGUACGGAGACAGCAUUCGUUUCUACUCAUCUACGGACGAUUCAGUAUUUUCUCGUGAUGACGCUAAACUCUUGCUGGAUGCGUUUACGGAUGAAUUGGGGGUCAAAGAGUGGGAAAACGACUACACCAAGCCAUAAUUAAUUACGUAUUAAGGAAUAUCAAAUGCGCACUUAUCUGUAUGCUAAGAACAUGAUUAUAAGUUGCACUAAGAAACUAAUUGAUAGCUGAAUGAAUACCUGGUUCCUAAGUAUAUAUACGGAGUCAUAUUUGAUACGAUCUAUGUAACAUAUGCUUUGUGGACAAAUCAGUACCGAUCGAUCGGUAUGUCGUUAUGCAAUGCAAUGUAAUGUAGUAAAUACGGAAGCUGAAUGGA